GAGGGUGGGGGUGUGUGCUAAACGGGAGCACCUCCUUCGCCUUCACCCAGUCUUGCAAUAGCGUCCUUGUGUUUAUUCAUCUUCCUGUUGCUUCCUGGUAUUGAGCCUUGAAUGUGUUGAUUCAGGAAGUGGCUAGGGGGGCUGUGGGCUCCGCUGGAGGAUAAGCGCUUCCUGUCGUUUCCAGGCCCCUGGAUAAUCAAGGUUGUUUGGAAUUUAUCUUAGGUCGGGACGGUGGCUGACUGCGCAGGAUAGCGGCGGCCAUGUGGAGGUGACAGUCAGCUUGAGGACUCAGAGAGCCCAAAGGAGCUUGGCCCAGGUGGACAUCUCUGGCUGGCAGCGCGGCCUCGGUGCUGGCGAUGGAAGCGGAAGGCUUGGAUUGGCUUCUGGUCCCGCUGCACCAGCUGGUUUCCUGGGUGGCCGCUGGGGCCAUGGUCUUCGGAGGGGUGGUACCGUACAUACCCCAAUACAGGGACAUCCGGAGGACUCAGAACGCCGAUGGUUUCUCCACCCACGUGUGCCUGGUGCUAUUGGUGGCCAAUAUUUUACGGAUACUCUUCUGGUUCGGAAGGCACUUCGAGUCCCCGCUGCUGUGGCAGAGCGUAGUCAUGAUCCUUACGAUGCUGCUGAUGCUGAAACUCUGCACCGAGGUCCGCGUGGCCAACGAGCUGAACAUCAAGCGCCGCUCCUUUGCAGCCACAGACAGUAAGGACGAAGAACUCAGAGUUCCCCCCAGGCGGCCCUACCUGGACUUUGAUCCUCAUCAUUUCUGGCACUGGAGCAGCUUUGCAGACUAUGUGCAGUGUGUCCUGGCCUUCACAGGUGUGGCGGGCUAUAUCACCUACCUGUCCAUCGACUCGGCUCUGUUUGUGGAGACAUUGGGCUUCCUGGCCGUGCUGACGGAAGCCAUGCUGGGUGUGCCACAGCUGUAUCGAAACUACCGCCACCGCUCCACGGAAGGCAUGAGCCUCAAGAUGGUGCUCAUGUGGACGAGUGGUGACACCUUCAAGACAGCCUACUUCUUGCUCAACGGUGCACCUCUUCAGUUCUCAGUCUGUGGGCUACUACAGGUCAUGGUGGACCUGGCCAUCCUGGGGCAGGCCUAUGCCUUUGCUCACCACCCCCAGAAGCCAGCAGCCCAUGCAGUGCACCCUGCCAGUGCCAAGGCUCUCUGAGGAAUCUAGGGAGGGCAAGGACACGUGACCGACCAGCCGUGGGUGCUGAGUCCCAGUCUAUGCUUCUGCACCAGGGAGACUGGCCCUGUGCACUCCACAGAUGGGCCAGGUGUAGGCAGAGAUUAACUUGAGUGCUGUGUCCCCAUCAGCCUUCUGGUGGGGGACUCAGGGUCAGGGUCAGUGGAGCUAGGGCUGGCUCUGUGGUGUUUUCAAGGUGAUUGAAAAGGCAGGUGUCUUUUCUUACCUCCUCCAGAAAAACUCUGGGCUGAUCCUGAAAUAGGUUCAUGCCACUAAGUGAGAUGGCAGACAGGGGCAAGCAGCUAAGUUCCUUCCUCUCAGCCAUCUCUCAGUGAGCCUCUGGUCUCCUAGCAGAGCCUGUGGCAUUCUAGAUAGUAUGUAGUCAUGGCUGCAGGCAGCUUGUCUGUCCUUAAGUUCUGCCCUGUCCUGCCCUAGUAUGCCACGGGUAUGUCUACUGCACCUCGGGGAGAUAGAGGCUGCUGGCCUGACACUGGUCACUGUAUUUUGCUCCUCUCUGAGCUCAUCAUGAGAUCAUGGUGUGCUUGGCAGCAUUGUGCUGACCUGGCUGGCUCCUGGGUCCAGAAUGUUCUAGAUGCUUCUAUAUAACAGUAUCUUCCCUUCUGCUGGGCAGAAGAACUUCUUGUGCACACGAUGAUGCCAUCCGGUUAGCACAAUAGCUCUGACAGUCAUGGUGGCUCACCAGAUGGCCAAAGAGUCCACACUGUGCCACCUUCAAGCUUCCCUUGGAUAAUUUAAGUGUGUGAGCAAGAUUCUUGCUUACUCUCUGGCCUGUAAGAUGCUUGUAAGAUGUUUAUUUUUUAAAAAUGAAGGGAGAGAUGUCUGUAGUGGUAAUUACCUCCAAAAUAAAUGCCAUCGAUGGCAGCCCCAGCUGCUGAAUAAAC